CGGAAACAACUACUCCGGGGCAGAUAAAAGGGGGAGGUUGAGUGCUUGACCGGCCGUGCCGUCUCUCUUUCUAGUUGCCUCCUCUGCAGCCAACAAAGACCCUGCUUCCCAGAGGCCGGAGUGGAAACGAUCAUGGCGGCAGUCCCGGUUUACAGCAUCACAAGGGCCGAGAUCGACGAGUUCUGGAGGAGGAAGGAGGUGGAGGCUGAGGAGCGCCGCCUCGCUGCCGAGAAGGAAGCUGCAAGAAUCAUGGCCAAGACACUCAAGAUGGAAGACUAUGCGCUCUUUGAACAAAUGAUGAGGGAGAUUCUCGAGGGGAACACAGGAGAUGGGGCAACAGCAUCCAUGGUCCCAGCUGCCACUGGUGGCACUGAGGCACGGAUCAUUGGCAUCAAACACUGGUGCUUCCGUCCUAGGAGAAGAAUCUUAAAUAUCCAAAUGCAUAUGGCAUAUGACAGGCCACCUUCUUCUCCCACUGGGUGCAGGUGGACAAGAAGUACUUAUGCUUAUCUGAAUGCACCCGCACUAUCCAUGGAUGAGAUGGGUGGAAGCAAGCAUGCUAUCACACAUGUUCCGCAGGAAAGAUGCACCAUGUUCUUCUCAUCAACUCCAUGCCAGCCAUAUUCUACUGCUUUUGCGAUCUUUUAGGUGUUCAUGCCAAGGAUAAGCUGGGACAUUGGGAAAUCAGGAAAUACAGAUGUGAUUCAUGCGUCAGUACUUUGGGUCGCAUAUGCUGCACCACAUUGUUUCUCAUUUGGUAUUGUAUAUCUUCCCGUACUGCUUACUAAACCAAGUAAUAAAUAUAGAUAACCAUGUUGCUUCAUGUACAAAGCAAGACACUAAUGAGAAUUUGUCAACACAUUGCCUGGUGCUACGUUCUA